CGUGGAUUGGAAAGCGAGCUCACCGUAAAACCUCACGUUAGCCGCCGAAACAAGUCUGACUGGUGCUUGCAGCAUAGCCGCGCAGCUAAGUGGAGGCCACGACCGCCUUCUUUCCCAAGAAAGUUAAACUAAAGCGGGGACAGCUUUAAUCUGCUCCUCUGAGCUGGUGCUGCUGAUAGUCGGGCUGUUGCCUGCUGCUCUUGGCGUGGUUUAAGGAGUGAAGUUAGCUUCAGCCACCAUCGCUAUUAGCCUGAGAGGGAGAGACAGUUGGGAUUGUGGAGCAAAGUCUGAGCCGGAGGGUGCGAUCUGCUCCAUGAAGAUGACUGCAGAGGAACAGACGAGUGAAGGACAGCACGCCAUCCCAAUGGAGGGAGAGGACAUCACACCAAAGAAAGACGGGGGGGUUUUGAAGCUGAUAAAAAGGGAAGGCACGGGCACAGAGCUGCCUAUGACCGGUGACAAAGUGUUUGUCCACUACGUGGGUACACUUCUAGAUGGGACUCAUUUCGACUCGAGCAGAGACAGAGGAGAGAAGUUUUCCUUUGAGCUGGGCAAAGGGCAAGUAAUAAAGGCGUGGGACAUCGGCGUGGCCACAAUGAAACAGGGGGAGCUGUGUCAGCUUAUCUGUAAGCCAGAGUACGCCUAUGGAUCUGCAGGAAGCCCACCAAAGAUACCCCCCAAUGCCACUUUAGUUUUCGAGGUGGAACUGUUUGAAUUUCGAGGCGAAGACAUAACUGAGGAUGAGGAUGGAGGAAUCAUCCGCCGCAUUAUCACUAAAGGGCAGGGAUAUUCCAAGCCUAAUGAAGGAGCUGCUGUCGAAGUGACCGUGGAGGGAACCUAUGAUGGACGCGUAUUUGAUGAGAGAGAGCUGAAGUUUGAGAUCGGGGAUGGAGAGAGUCUGGGCUUGCCAGCCGGAGUGGAGAAAGCAAUCAUGGCUAUGGAGCAGGAGGAGGAGGCACUCUUCACUAUGAAGCCUAAAUACGGAUUUGGAAAUGCAGGAAAUUCAAAGUAUAACAUUCCCGGUGGAGCAACACUGCAGUACAAGAUCAAGCUGACAGCCUUUGAAAAAGCUAAAGAAUCGUGGGAAAUGAAUACGGUAGAAAAGCUGGAGCAGAGCAGCAUUGUCAAAGAGAAGGGAACACAAUAUUUUAAGGAGGGAAAAUACAAGCAGGCAUCUGUGCAGUACAAACGGAUCGUGUCAUGGCUGGAGCACGAAUCUGGUUUGUCAGAGGAGGAUGAGAAGAAAGCGAAAGCAUUGCGGCUGGCUGCACAUCUGAACUUGGCCAUGUGCUACCUUAAAAUACAGGAGCCGAACCAUGCCCUAGAAAACUGCGACAAGGCUCUGGAGUUCGAUGCAUCCAAUGAGAAGGCUUUGUUCAGAAGGGGAGAGGCGUUAUUUGCUAUGAAGGAGUUCGACAAAGCAAAAGAUGAUUUUCAGCGAGUUGUUCAGCUGUAUCCCGCUAACAAGGCUGCAAAGAGCCAGGUGGUUCUUUGUCAGAAACGUAUCAAGGAGCAGCACGAGAAGGACAAGCGCAUCUACGCCAACAUGUUCCAGAAGUUUGCAGACAGGGAUUCAAAGAAAGAGACGGAGAAGAAGAGCGAGGAGAACGGCAACGACAAAAUGGAGGUGGAAGACCAAGAGAAGGAAGUUGCGAGUGAAGCAAAAGCAUAGAUGAAGAAGCAGUUCAUCUGCACUUCAGACUUUUGUAACUCUGGCCAUUUGUGUUUAAGGUGUGAUUGUGUCUAUAUGAAAUGUGUCAGAAUGACCGUCAAUGAGAGCACUGACCUCGGGUGUGUCUUCUUCGCUGGCUUUUUUCUUUCUUAUUUUUGUUUCGUUUUUGUUUGUUUGUUUGUUUGUUUUUCUGUUUUUGGUGUCCAGGCUCUUUGCUGUGGCAGCUAGCUGAGUGGGUGGGGCUUCCCCAGCGGAUGGCACUGUGGGUUGUGGAUUAAAUAAGAAGUGAGUCGCGUGCCGCAGCCCUACCCCCUGAACUCUUUCUACCCCACAGCUUUGAACUGUGCAUGUGUUUUUCACAGCGAUGUGGGUAGAGAGAGAAGAGAAACGGUGCAUCCAAAGUGUUAAGUGCAGAAUUUCAAAACCCUCACCCGUCAAGGGCUAGACCAUUCACCUUGCACUACCUGAUACCCUGUAACCCUUGCUGUCCAUCCAAGCCUCCUCACGGGCCUACUGAUCAAUUGUUGGAGUUGCGACGGCUGUGUGCGUAAAUCUGAUGUGUUUAGUGCCUGUGUCCCAAAGUAUGUAUGUAGCAGCACUGUGGAUAGCUGGAGUAAUAACACAUUAGCCUGGAAUAGCUAUCGGACUACGAGCUGAAAUUUGGAGCUCAUUUAUAACCUCUAGGGUACAGGACUGUUCACUUUUGCUUUGGAAAUAUUGAAUUUGUACUUUUUUUUUCUUUUCUCUUUUUUUUUUUUUUUUAGUGUUGUGCUUGUAAUUUCUGUAUUGUUCUCAAGAUGAUGAAUUCAACUGAUUACUUAACUGGAAUAUGUACAUUUUAAAGCAGCUACAAUAGAAAAAGGAUAUUGAUUAGCUUCUCCUGGACACCCACACACACACACACACACACUAGUAACAGUUAAGUCUUAAUUUACUGUAAAAAGUAAAUGUAUUGAACACGUGCAUAUAUACCGCCGUUCAGAUUCAGGUUGUUAAGACCAUACGGCUCGUGCCAGCAGAGAGGGCCAGAAAUGCAACUAGAGACCUAGUUUGAAACAGGGCGACAGGUUGCGUGUUUUAUCUUUGUUGGGAAAAGUCACUGCUCGGUCUGUCCUGAAUGUCGGAAGGAUAUAAUAAAAGGUAGCUACAAACUGA